GGUAAUCAGUGCCGUUUACGCGACAGAACCGGCCACAACAAUACUUGUCUGGCUAACCCAUUCAUUUUUCAUUUUAUUUUAUUAUCGAUAAUUCUUUCAUUUUUUUAUUAUUUUAUCUCUAUAUUUAUAUUUAAAUUUACUCAAACUACGUAAAAUAAUUCAUUGUGCGUGACGUGUGUAAUAUAUAAAUGUAUUUUUAAUUUCGUAUACGUAUUAUAAUAAUGCUACCAAUUACAAUACAAGUAACAAUCACUGAAAGUUAUUAAAUUAAUAAAAAAUGAACAUAAAUAAUAAUAUAUUGAAAAAAAAAAAAAAAUUUUUGUGAGCAUCAUUAUUGAAAGGAAUCCUUGCGAAUGCCGCCGGUUAAAAAUAAUAAAUAUAAUAAAAAAGACAAAGUUAAGAAAGCGUUAAAACUAUUGUAGGAAUAUUUAAAAUAGCAGCCUGUGGUAUGAGUGGUAAUAUAGUCGAGGAACCAUCGACAACAAAUGUGCAGCAGGGUGCAGGCAGUGCUAGUGGAACUAGUGGAACUAGUGGUGGUAGUGGUUCUAGUGGUGGUAAUGGUGGUAAUGGUGGUAAUGGUGGUAAUGGUGAUGGUGAUAGUGUAGGAGGCAUAAGUGUUAAUAUUGGUGUCAACCUUUCUGAAGACGCUGACAUGGCAAGUGGACCUACUUCAGCAGCAUCUAAUCCAAAACCUCGCAGUGGAAAAAUAAAUUUUAGUGUCGACGCUUUACUCAGUAGUACUAAAAAAUCACCGAUUAAUCGUAAAGUUUGUAAUAAUGUUGAAAACGGGAAUGACGACAAUGACAACAAUUUAUCGUGUAUUGAAUUGUCUGAAAAAAGCAGUAGCCAAGAAUUACAGGAUGAAGCUCGUAGAUAUAGAGAUUUACUUAUUAUGGAACAAGAACGUCAAAGAAGUUUGCAGAGUCGUCAAUUAUUGGCUCGAUUAAGCCCUUUGACCCCAAAUAAUAUUUCGGGAUUUUCUGCUUUUCACCACCACCAUCAUCAACAGCAUCACCACCAUUUUCCUCAUAAUAAUAAUAACAACAAUAACAAUAAUAAUAAUAAUAAUAAUCACCAUCAUCAUCAUCAUCACCACCAUCAUCCUCACCAUAAUAAUAAUAAUAAUCAACAUCAUCAUAAUAAUCACAUUUCACGUAAUUCUUCUGGUUCAGAUAUAAUCUCAAGGUCAAAUAAUAUUAUUCGACAAGAUAAUAUUGUUAAAGAUCUGUCCUCUUUAAAAGCUACUGAUGGAAAGCAAGAUUCACGUUCGUCGCCCGUCGCUAGCACUCGACUCUCGAUAGCAGACGAGCGAUUUGAUGGCAGUAAAAUUAUAAAUAAUACUGGAAACAACUCGCCAAAACAAAUUGUUAAUCGUAGAUUAAGUAACAAUCAUAAUGAAGAAUUUGAUCAAGAAGAUGAUGACAAUGAUGAAGAUAAUGUUGAUGAAGGAGAAGAAGAGGAGGAGGCAGAGGCAGAGGCGGAGGAAGAAGAGGAAGAGGAAGAAGAUAGAAUAAUUAUGGAUCAUGAUUCAAUUUCUCCAAUGCGUUUAGAACUUGAUACUGAAAGAAGUAAUUCUGAAGCACCAAGAUCUCUUGAAGAAACAGUAGGCGACGAUGGUAGUUGCGACAGACUAAUUGAUGGUGGAAAUACUAGUCCAGGAUCAAGAUCAGAGGAUCUUAAUGUUAUGGAUUCGGAUGAUGGUGAAAUAUUAAAACAUGAACCUGAGGAGGACAAUAAACGAAAAAAAAUAAAAUCUACCCCGGUAAUACCUCAACCAAUUCAUCCUGGUGUUCAAAGGCCUGCAGCACCAACUGCAGUCGCGGCAGCAACAGGAUCCUAUUUAAGCACUCCACCGACAUCAUCCGGAUGGUCUCCUGCGGGAUUUCCGCAUUCCCUCGCUAGUUUUGCGUGGCUACCCCCACCUCCACAUCCUCAUAAUCCUCAUGGACAUCUGUACACGCCCCAAGGUGGACCCACAAGUCCAAAUGAUCUUAGACUACCUGGGCCUGGACCAGGACCCGUAAGAUGUACCUUGAGGAAACACAAACCAAAUCGUAAGCCAAGAACUCCGUUUACCACUCAACAGCUUCUUUCUCUUGAGAAAAAGUUUAGGGAAAAGCAGUAUCUUACGAUUGCAGAAAGAGCCGAAUUUUCAUCAUCACUUCAUCUAACAGAAACACAGGUAAAAAUAUGGUUUCAAAAUCGUAGGGCGAAAGCGAAACGAUUACAAGAAGCGGAAAUUGAAAAGCUGAGACUAUCUGCAAGACCACUAUUACAUCCAAGUUUUAGCACAGGUCUGAUGUUCUCAGCUGGAGUCGGGCCGCCUGGCACUCCCGGUGGUGUGCCACCCUUCAUUGCAGCAGCAAUGGCCAGACACAGCCACGCAGCCGCGGCAACAGCUGCCAUGUUCAUGGCUCCGCCUGGACAUCGACCUUGAAUUAUAUAACUCUCUCUACUCAUUAAUCAUCAUUGUAUCAUCUUAUCAUCUUAUCAUUCUAUCAGAGUCUCAUCAUCAUCAUUGUCAUCAUCUUAAAUUUAUUAACAAUUAACAUAAUACAUCAUGAAUUACAAAUUUAAAUUUGUAUUAUUAAAAUUAUAAUUUUUUUGUAUAUAGUGUAAAUACAAAAUUUAAAAAUAUUAUUAAUACUUUGCGUGAAAUCAACACGCGCCUUUCUACCUCUUUUCUAUUAUAUAUAUAUGUAACAAUGUUUUCACGUAAGUAUACACGUAACAUAAAAAAUUGUAAUAUUGUUAGAUAAAUAUCUAAAAUUAUUUUUUUAUUAUUUUAUUCUGUAUUAUUAUAUAUUGUGUUCAUCAUGCAUGUUUAUAUAUAUUAUAAAUAGUAAUACAUAUAAACGUAAUGUACAUGAUCGUAAUUACAAGUUAUUAAUACGGACACAUUAUACGCACGAUAUAUUAUUAUAAAUCCAGCACACAUUAUUAAAUUAUUAAAUUAAAUUUAUAUUAUAUAUAUAAUUUACUUAUAGAACCGCGUGUUUUUUCAUUACUUAUGAUUAUAAUUUAUAUUAUGUAUUUUAUUAUUGUGAUAUUGCCAUGUGACUUAAACUUUUAACAAAUAUAAAGUGCU